CCCUCCUCUGCCUGGUGGAUCCGCUGCGCGAUCUCCCGCCCGGCCAAAGCGCUUCGCUCUCGCUCUCUCCUGGAUCUGGGAUUUGGAGGAGAUCUGAAGUGGCCUGGAAGGAUGGACACCAAAAGAGGGAAGGAUGCCGAACUCCGGCUGAUACUGGUUGGAAAGUCCGGAGGCGGGAGGAGUGCCACGGGCAACACUAUCCUUGGCUGGAAGGUGUUUAACUCCACCUUGGGCGCAAAAACCACCACCCUGAAAUGCCAAAGGGGGCAGGGAACCUGGCAGGGCACGAAGCUCUCCGUGGUCGACACGCCCGCCAUGUUUGACGCUGACGACUACACCGAGAUUGUGCGACGUGAGAUCAUGGCUUGCAUUCAGCUCUCCUCGCCUGGCCCCCACGCCUUCAUCUUGGUGACCCAGGUGGGACGCUUCACUGCUGAAGACGCGGCCGCCGCGAAGUAUAUCCAGGAUAUCUUUGGGGCCGCGUGCACCAGGCACAUGAUCGUCCUCUUCACCUGCGUGGAGGAUUUGGGUGGGGACCCCCUGCAGGAGUUCGUCCGUAACUCCGACAACAGGAAUCUGCACAAGCUGAUCCGCCAGUGCCGGAACCGCUUCUGCGGGUUCAACAACAAGGCCGUAGGAGACGAGCGGGAGAGGCAGGUCUCGGAGCUGAUGGAGACGGUGAAGAGAACCAUUUUCCAAAACGGCGGGAGACACUACGUCAACCGGCUGUAUCUGGAGCCCAAUUUACAGGACGAGCACGUCCAGAUGUUCAUCGAGCAGAACCGAAAGCCGUCCCGAAGCAUCAUCAACAUCCUCUUGGUCUGCUUCCUUCCACUCUGCUUGGCCUUUUACAUUGGCAGAUGGUUUUUUUCCUGCCUGAGAAGCGCAUUUCAUUACUUCUUUUAAGUCUUCGAAUCCCGACUUCCUUUUGCCUCCAGGUCACAAAACGAUGCAGAGUUAGUCCUCGACUUACAAUCGCAGUGGAGUCCCAAAUUUCCGUGGCUAAUGGAGACAUUUGUGAACGGAGCUUUGCCCCCAUUUUACGACCUUUCUUGUCACCGUUGUUCGGCGAAUCGCCGUCGUUGUCAAAACUGUUGUGAAGUGAACAGGGCUUCCCCUUUGACUUUGCUUUUCAGGAGGUCACCAAAGGGAGGAAUCACUUGACCCCGGGACAUGGCAACCGUCAUAAAUAUGAGUCAGUUGCCGAGCGUCUGAAUUCAGUGCCGAAAAGGUUCGCCAACACUGAUACAGGGUCUCCUAAUUAAGCAGGAGGUUGGACUAGAACAGGGGUCUGCAACCUUAAACACUCAAAGAGCCAUUUGGAACAGUUUCCCACAGAAAAGAAAACACCGGGAGCCACAAAACCCUUCCCGUCCCUGACUAUUUCUUGAGUGGCCACAAAACUAGCACAUGUAGUUGAAUUAAACGUUCUGUUUUCUUCUGAAACUUUUCUUGGAUUUAUCCAUGGUUGGCCUACCGGGGGUUGAAAAGCCCAAUAAAUCGUGUGCCAGUGGGUGUCACACAUUGGUGGUUGUGACGCAUAUUUUGAGUGACAGGGAGCUGCAGCAGAGGGUGAAAGAGCCACAUGCGGCUCCAGAGCUGCAGGUUGCUGACCCCUGGACUAGAAGACCUCCAAAGUUCCUUCCAACUCUGUUAUUCUAUAUUCUGUUAUUCCACAUUAAAUAAAAGUAUUAUUUUACAACA